AGAAAAAAAACAUCUCUGCCAAGCAGGAAAACUGACGUUUUUUUCCCACAAGCUGCAAUUAUUUACAUACAUAAAAAAAAAAAAACAAAAUAAGCAUCGAUUUCAGCAAACUAAUUAUAUUAGCCGCGUUUUCAACGACGUUCGGUACUCGAUUAUUAUUUGUAUUUCAUUUUUAGUUUUCAAGAACAUUUUGCAUAUUGAUUAAUUGCAAAAACAACGAAAAAUCUAGUGAGAAAUGGCACUGAAAGUGUUGGUCAGCCAAAAGAUUAUGAACGAGGUGGUCAAAUACAAGCCGCCCGCAGCACCGAAGAAAGUUGGCGCUCCAGCAGCAGCAGGAGCCGGUGCCGGUGGCAUUGAGUGGCGUGUCCUUGUCGUGGAUAAGUUGGGCAUGCGAAUGGUGUCCGCCUGCACCAAGAUGCAUGAGAUUAGUGCCGAGGGCAUCACAUUGGUGGAGGACAUCAACAAGAAGCGCGAACCGCUGCCGACAAUGGGUGCCAUCUAUUUAAUAACGCCAUCGGAUGAGUCUGUGCGCGCCCUGAUCCGUGACUUUGAGAAUCCGGCACGUCCCAUGUAUCGCUAUGCGCACGUUUUCUUUACGGAAGUCUGCCCCGAAUCGCUAUUUAAUGAUUUGUGCAAAUCGUGCGCGGCCAGAAAGAUCAAGACACUGAAGGAGAUAAACAUUGCAUUUCUACCGUAUGAAUGCCAGGUGUUCUCACUGGAUUCGCCGGACACGUUCCAGUGCCUGUAUUCGCCGGCAUUCGCCUCGAUACGCGGCAAGCACAUCGAGCGCAUUUCCGAUCAGAUUGCCGCGCUGUGCGCCACUCUGGGUGAAUAUCCAAGUGUGCGAUAUCGCAACGAUUGGGAUCGCAAUAUCGAUUUGGCUGCGGCAGUGCAACAGAAACUGGAUGCGUUCAAGGCCGAUGAGCCGACAAUGGGCGAGGGGCCAGAGAAGUCGCGAUCGCAGCUGUUAAUCCUGGACCGUGGAUUCGAUUGUGUGUCACCGCUGCUACACGAGCUAACGCUUCAGGCGAUGGCGUAUGAUCUGUUGCCAAUUGUGAACGAUGUGUAUCGCUAUACGCCGGGACCCAAUCAGCCGGACAAGGAGGUACUGCUCGAUGAGAAUGAUGAUUUGUGGGUGGAGUUGCGUCACGAGCAUAUUGCCGUCGUCUCCACACAAGUCACGCAGAAUCUGAAGAAGUUCACGGACUCGAAGCGCAUGGGCUCCACGGACAAGUCAUCGAUGCGCGAUCUUUCGCAGAUGAUCAAGAAGAUGCCGCAGUAUCAGAAGGAGCUGUCCAAAUAUUCGACGCAUUUGCAUCUCGCCGAGGAUUGCAUGAAAGUGUAUCAGAACUAUGUGGAUAAGUUGUGCCGUGUCGAACAGGAUCUUGCCAUGGGCACCGAUGCCGAGGGCGAAAAGAUUAAGGAUCAUAUGCGCAAUAUUGUGCCCAUUUUGCUCGAUGCGAAUGUUUCCAACUACGACAAGGUGCGCAUCAUUGCGCUCUAUGUAAUGACGAAGAACGGCAUCGCCGAUGACAAUCUGACCAAGCUGUUUACACAUGCCCAGCUGUCAGCCAAGGAUCAGGACAUGGUGCGUAAUCUGAGCCAUCUGGGUAUCAAUGUGCUGGCCGAUUCGCGCAAGAAGGUGUACACGGUGCCGCGCAAGGAGCGCACUACAGAGAGUGCCUAUCAGAUGUCGCGCUGGACACCGGUCAUCAAGGACAUUAUGGAGGAUUGCAUUGAGGACAAGCUGGAUCAGCGUCAUUUCCCUUUCCUCGAGGUACGUGCCCAGAAUACCAAUUAUCAUGCACCGACCACCGCUCGCUAUGGCCACUGGCACAAGGAUAAGGCACAGGCGCAAGUCAAGAAUGUGCCACGCCUUAUCAUUUUCGUAGUGGGCGGCGUGAGCAUGUCGGAAAUGCGUUGCGCCUACGAGGUCACCAACACGGUGCGCAACUGGGAGGUCCUCAUUGGCUCCUCGCAUGUCCUCACACCCGAAAUCUUUCUCAGCGAUUUGGGCAGCCUCUCCAAAGAGGAUUAAACAAUCCCAAUAAUCCCCCACCGAUGCACACAACUUGAUAAUAUUUAUGCUUAUUUCCAUUUAGCCAAACUGUCAUUUCUUAUUCGAUAUAUGCAAAUAUUCAAAUGUUCAUAUUCAUUUGGUUAUCUCUCUGGUUGCUUCAAAAUAUGCACUUUAUUUAAGCUGUCUUUUAAUUAAUAUUCUAAAUUAUUAAGAUUGUCUCGAAUAUUAUUUAACAACACCCAUUUUAUUUAUUUAUAUAUUAAGCUUUGUAUUAAUUAAUAUUCAUUACAAUAAUACGCAUCUUAUAUAUCCAUUUAUUAAGCUUUGUAUCAGUUAAUAGUUCUAAAUUAAGUUUGCUCCGAAUUACAAUAUAAUUAAGCUCUUCGAACCAAAUUAAACAACAACUCAAUAUUCAGCAGUAAAAUAAGUGAAUCAAUUUUCAAAAUUGUUUAAAAUUCAACUGUAAUCGUUUUUUGUCUUAACUAUUCAUCAAGUAUUAAAAAUUGUUUUAGUUUGGCCCUAAAUUGAGUUGCGCUACUAACAUCUUUUAUCUGGGGCGGUAGUUAAUAGUAUCAUCUUUAUAUUAAUCUCUUGGAGACGUAGUUAAUCUCAACGAGUCAAGUAUGAUUUUUCCAAGUUAUAUUCGUGAACUAUAUUCACAAGCCAAAAACACGUUUCUAAAUCCCAUUCAUAAUUUAAACCAUUUGUUUUUAGUUGUUAUUAGCUUAUUCAAAACCACAUUUAUUGCGCCAACCCCACCGCAACGAGGACGAUAGAAGUUGGCGAAGAAACACCAAAUAUGCUCAUUUUGUUGU